UAUUUGCUUUGCAAACAUGUUGUGACAUUAUCUUUUUUUUCCCCCUCAUAUUUUCCUCCUGCAUAAGCAAUAUAAUGAACAUACCAUACCCGAUUGGACAUCUUAGAUUAUAAUUCUAGCUCGAUCAAAGGGAUUUUGCUAAGCCUGGGAAGCACUGUUUGCAGUGGGCAGAACUUUCUCUCAGUCAAUCUGUGCUGUUCGUAGCUACUCAGUUGUUCAUGUUUGGUUCAGGAGCCUAAACAAUCAAAGAUGGAUUUUGGGGCGCUGGAAACAGUGGUUGCUAAUUCUGCUUAUAUCACCGCGAGAGGAAGUUUUGAUGGAGGCUUCAAUCCACAAAUUACAAGGAACAAGAAAUAUCGUUCCAAACUAAAGCUUCCACCCCUCUCAGAAUGUGAGCAUCUGAAGGAUCAGAUUGAUUUGGAAUUUGAAAACAUUUGUGUCAAGCAGCCCAUUGGCAAACGAUUGUUCAAGGAGUUUUUGGGAUCAGUCGAGCAGUUCAUCCCUCCAUGUGAAUUCUGGAAUGAUAUUGAAGACUAUGACACGGCCGAGGAUGAAGACCGCUUGCGGAAAGCUAAUAGUAUCAUUAACAAAUAUUUUGAUGCACACUCUAGGCUAUACUGCCGCUAUUUAGAUGAGAAGGCCUUUGCACACAUAGUAGUGAGAAGUAAUAGAGUUCCAGAUGGUCUAUUUAAGGAACAGCUUAAAGCUACCAUGAAUUAUUUAAAGGAAAAUGCAUUUCUUCAGUACAAGGAGGGCAAAUAUUUCUCAAAAUUCCUUCAAUGGAAGUGGUUGGAGGCCCAACCAGUUGGGGAGGACUGGUUUAUGGACUUCAGGAUCCUUGGUAAAGGUGGAUUUGGGGAAGUGUCUGCUACCCAAAUGAGGGCAACAGGUAAAAUGUAUGCUUGCAAGAAACUCAGCAAGAAACGGUUGAAGAAGAGGAAAGGCUUUGAAGGUGCAAUGGUUGAGAAAAGGAUCCUCGCUAAGGUUCACAGUAGAUUUAUUGUGACUCUGGCAUACGCAUACCAAACAAAAAGUGAGGUCUGUCUAGUGAUGACUUUAAUGAAUGGAGGUGACCUACGGUUCCACAUUUACAAUGUUGAUGAAGAAAAUCCAGGCAUUGAUGAACCCAGGGCUUGUUUUUACACAGCUCAGAUUAUAUGCGGGUUGGAACAUUUGCACCAAAAUAGGAUCAUCUAUCGAGACCUCAAACCAGAAAAUGUUCUGUUAGAUAAUGAUGGGAAUGUGCGUAUAUCUGACCUUGGGCUUGCUGUUGAAUUGAAAGAGAAGAAGUCAAAAACCAAGGGUUAUGCUGGAACUCCAGGUUUCAUGGCUCCUGAGUUGUUACAAGGUGAAGAAUAUGAUUAUUCUGUAGAUUAUUUUUCUUUGGGUGUCACAUUAUAUGAAAUGAUUGCAGCACGUGGCCCUUUCAGGAGCAGAGGAGAAAAGGUUGAAAACAAAGACUUAAAGAAUAGAGUUCUCAAUGAUCCCGUGGCAUACUCUGCAAAGUUCGGUGUGGAGUCCCUGUGCCUCUGUAAAGCUUUACUGGAAAAAGAUCCUAAGAAAAGGAUUGGGUUUAGAAAUGGGAAUUGUAAUGAUCUCCGAAUGGCAGCCUUCUUCAGGGAAAUUAACUGGAGAAAACUCCAAGCAGGUAUCCUUACACCACCAUUCGCUCCAGAUUCCAAGACCGUGUAUGCAAAGGAUAUCCAAGAUGUGGGAGCAUUUUCCACAGUGAGAGGUGUUAACCUUGAUGAUAAUGACAAGGAAUUUUUUGAUGAAUUUGCCUCAGGCAACAUCCCUAUACCUUGGCAGGAAGAAAUGAUUGAAACUGGUAUUUUUGAUGAACUAAGUACAGAAGUAAAUGAUGUCAGGAGAGAUUCUAUUCCAAAUGAUAAUGCUGCAAAGUCUGGAGUAUGUCGAAUUGCAUAAAAAAUACAUAUUUUUUAGCACAGUGAAAAGAAGAUAACUGUGUCAUAUAUUCUUCUGGAUUUCAUGUGAACUAAUUUUCCUGGGAAAUGAAACACAUUUGACUCAAUUAGAUGUUAUUACAGUAUCCUCUUAAUAGCUACUGGACAUAUGGCAAGAAAUAUUAGUUUAGAUCAUGUAGAACAGUCAACUAGUGUGCAACUACAUUUAUAACUCAUAUAUACCACGCUAUUUAUAAGCAGAACAUGGACAAAAAUCCUAAUCUAGAAUGUAAUAAUAUCCUAUUUAA